AAUGGAUAAAUUCAACAUGGAUGAGAAUACUCUUGAUCUUCAUAUAUUCACUCCUGAAGAACCAAAAUUGGGUCCAUAUACAUAUUUAAACAUCAAUUACCUUCCUCAUCUUGCUUCUCAUAUUAUGCAUAAAAUCUCUCAUAAAGAAUUUUGUUCAUUAAUUGAGUUUGAAUUACAAACAUAUUUAUUAGAAUUAGCAAUCUAACCAUAGAGAAGCAAGACAAUAAAGGAAUUAACAAGUUAUAUAAUUAUGGAAAUGAGACUCAAUUAAAAGUUUUGGAUUCAUGGUAGUGAAGCUUGGAAUGAAGUGUAAUUACGUUUAAAAUUAUUACAUACUCUGGAACCAAAUUGUACUUAGGAAUAAGUAAAAAAGAAUGGAGGGAAAAAAUCAUUAUCUGAAAUACUUUUAGAUGCAUAUGCAUUAAAAAAAUAUUUGGCAACUUUAGACUUUUCAAAGAUUGAUUACAAGAGUGAAUUCUUGAAGAUUCCUGAAGUGAUAUCCUUGAUUUCUGAAUAUGAUCAAGCUAAGUAAAAAAAUAUCAUUAUAAAAUUUAGCUCUUAAAAUAAACAAUUAUAAGCAAUAGAAUCAUAUAAUGAAGUUAUUUAAUCUCUUGUGGAAUGUAAAAAUAGAAAAUAUCAAUUGAAAUUACAAUAAUAAAUUGAUCAAAUAAAGAAUUAAUCUGUUGAUCUAAUGAAUAAAGUCACUUAUAUUCAAAAUAAAGAGACUAGAUCUAAUAAAACUGAUUAAGUUUCAUAUAGAGAUAAGAGAGCUUUGAUAAAAGAAUAGUAAAGAUAGGAUGUUGAUGAAAGAAGAACAAUAUUUGUUCCAAAUCAAGUAUAUUGUUAUUAUAAGAUUGAUAUGGUGAUUUUACCAUAUAUAUACAGAUUUAUAUUUGGAGAGAAUUGUAUAUUCACAAGAUAACAUUUGAGAAUACAAAAUUUAGUUUUGUAUUUGUGUUUAAGUGAUCAGGAAAAUUAUAAAUAAAAUAAACAAAAAAAGAAUAUUAUCUUAGAUGAUAAUGUUGAAUCUAAAACAUCCAUGAAAUUAUUUUAGAAGUAUUUAGAAUAAUCAAAAGAUAAAUUGAUGACUGAUUUUGAAUAGUAUUGUAGAAAUCAAAACAUUAGUUUAAUGAAUUAUUUCUCUAGUACUCCUGCUAGUUAUAGAAAAGAAUUAUUAUUAAUUAGAAAUAUUCUAAUCUUAUCAUUAAGAUUUGCUUAAUAAAUUUUAGAAAUUGAUUAUAAAUUUGAAGAUCAGAAAAUUAAUUAAUUGGAUUAUGAAGAAGAGGAAAAAAAUGAUAAAUCCCUUAAUUCUUAUUAAAAAUGGAAUAAAACUGAUAUGUAGAAUGAUUAUUACUAUUUUAAUGUCCUUGCACAAUUAGAAUUGUAUUAUGAUAUACCUUUUGAUUAAUAUGAUGAUUUAUUGAGAGUCUACAAGAGUUAUAUUGAAAUUGUAUACACAUCUAAAAAGGAACAUUUCAAGGAAUAUUUUGGAGUACUCAAAUCCAAUCAAGAUGGUCUUUUGGGAUUAAAAACUUCUUUAGAAUAAGUUAAUUAAGCUAUAGAGGAAUAUCUAAAUUAUAUUAAUGCUCCUAAAACUUAAUAAAAGAGGUAAAUCAUAUUAUUUUCAAUAUAGAUCAUAUAUAUAUCAUAGUGAUAAUAGAGAAGAAUGGAAAGAAGAAUAAUAUAAAUAAUUUUUGGAGGGAUUGUACAAAUAUUUUGAAAUUGUAGUUAAUAAUAAGAAGAUAGCUAAAUUUAUGGGUGAUGUUAAUCCAAAUCAUGUUAGAUUUAUUAAAGGAUAAUAUUUAAGAGGAUUAAAGAAGAGAGCAAAGGAAAAGAAUAUUAACAGAAAGGAAUUGUUAAAAUAGGAUAUUGAAAACUUUGAUAUUACAAUUUUUGAGAAGAAAUGA